UCCAUUCAAAUCCUCUAGAAUGAGAAUUUGGGGACACCCCUAAACAUCCCAACUGCCGGAUUAAUUCAAGACUAGAAAAGACAUCUUCCGUAUAACUUCCACGCUAUAUCACUCGUUCUCCUUUUCUCUGGUUCAAUGGCGGCUCUCUCAACUCACUUUGCCCCAUUCCAUGCCCUGAAACCACCAUGCGAUUAUCGCAGUUUCUCAACAACGAUAGGCCUCUUCACGGCAAGCCCGAUUAUCCAUGCCCGGAAGCCCAAAAAACUCGCCGUCGUCUUCGCAAAUGCCGCUGAUGGGAAGCCCAAUGCUCAGAGCGAAAUCUCCUUCCCCACUUCCGCUCCAUCCACCCCUACCCAGCGGCAGAAAGUGAGACGCCACACGAUCUCGGUAUUUGUUGGAGAUGAAAGCGGAAUGAUAAAUAGGAUCGCGGGGGUGUUUGCCAGGAGAGGUUAUAACAUUGAGACCCUUGCUGUUGGCCUGAACAAGGACAAGGCUCUCUUCACCAUAGUUGUGUCUGGAACUGAAACUGUAUUACAGAACGUUGUGGAACAGCUCCGGAAGCUGGUCAAUGUAUUAAAGGUUGAAGAUAUAUCAAAGGAGCCUCAAGUUGAACGCGAACUGAUGCUGAUUAAAAUUGAUGCUGAUCCAAAAUUCCGUGCUGAGGUUAUGUGGUUGGUAGACAUCUUUAGGGCCAAAGUUGUGGAUAUUUCAGACCACUCACUAACUAUUGAGGUAACUGGAGAUCCAGGAAAGAUGAUCGCAGUUCAGAGGAACUUGAGUAAGUUUGGAAUUAGGGAAAUUGCCAGGACUGGGAAGAUAGCCUUGAGACGGGAGAAGAUGGGGGAAUCUGCUCCUUUUUGGCGGUUUUCAGCAGCCUCAUAUCCUGACCUCGAGGCAGUGAUGCCCAUCGGCACUAUUUCAAGAAAAACAUUGGGUUCUCUUGAUGGACAUGCUGAUUCUACAACUGGGGGAGAUGUUUAUCCAGUAGAGACAGAUGAUGAACCUUCAGUCAGUCAAGUUCUUGAUGCCCAUUGGGGUGUUCUCACCGAUUAUGAUGUUAGUGGGCUACGUUCACAUACACUAUCAUUGCUUGUGAAUGACUCUCCUGGUGUCCUCAACAUAGUAACAGGGGUUUUUGCUAGACGUGGAUAUAAUAUCCAAAGUUUAGCUGUUGGGCAUGCUGAAGUUGAGGGACUCUCCCGCAUUACUACUGUUGUUCCUGGGACUGAUGAAUCUAUCAGCAAGUUGUCUCAGCAACUUCGUAAAUUGGUAGAAUUGCGUGAGGUCAAGGAUCUAACCCAGUUGCCAUUUGCGGAACGAGAGCUCAUGUUGAUUAAAAUUGCUGUAAAUGCUGCCGUCCGUCGUACUGUUCUCGAUAUUGCCAGCAUUUUUAGAGCUAAAGCUGUUGAUGUGUCUGACCAUACCAUAACUCUAGAGCUCACAGGAGAUUUGGAUAAGAUUGUUGCUUUGCAAAGGCUGUUGGAACCGUAUGGUAUUUGUGAGGUGGCACGAACUGGACGUGUUGCACUGGCACGUGAAUCGGGGGUGGACUCGAAAUACCUCAGAGGAUACUCUUUCCCGUUAUAGAUAUUAGAGAGGCAGUCCUUCAUUGAACUGAAGGGGGGUGGCAAGAAUGAGUUUUGUAGGAGUUUCCUCUUUACUUAAAACAAGAAGGAAUUGGAAUUUUAAGGAAGUUUCCUCAUCAUGUUUUAUAACUAAUACCUCUUUUCAAAAAAUCGUUCUAGGCGCCCGAUUAAUCCCCGCCUAGGCGCUAGACGGUGGCCGGGCGCCCCGAUUUUCGUCUAGACGCUCCGACUAAUUGGUUUGUCGUCAAUGUGAUUUAGUCGGCCGUCUAUAGCGCCUAGUUGUCCGCCUAGAGCGCCAAAUCGGCUUCCUAGGUCGUCUAAAUUCGCCGAACAUUACUUUACUUUUUAAUUUUAAUUUUCUAAGUGAUAUACGUACUUUAACUUUAGCCAAGGAUAUAAAGAAAUGAAGUUGUAAAUUAAGAUAAAACUAUAUAUAUUUGUAUAUAUACCUAAAUUCUAUCAUUAUUUAUACUUAUAACAUAAUGAAGUUAAUGAUUAGUUAGCAUAUACAACAUAUGAUUAAAUGUGAUCUAUCAUUCAUGUUUGUUAAUGUGUGUGUAUAUUAUUCACACAAAAAUACAAUAUUACUUAUCAUAUUUAUGCAAAAAUAUAGAUAAAAAUUCAAUUUCUAUGUCUCCGACUAGUCUCUGCCUAGACGUCCGCCUAGCCGCCUAGGUGCUAGGUGCUGGGCUGGCGCUCGACUAGCGUCUAGCGCCUUUUAGAACAUUGACUAAUACUACGUAUAUUAUUAUUAUUAUUAUUAUUAUUAUUAUUAUUAUUAUUAUUCAUUUUUAUAUGGAUGAAAUAAAACCAUGGGUUUUUGUGUACUUUGUCUAAUUGACAUAGAAGUUUGUUAUUAACAAUCCACUGCCUCAAAGAUAUACUACGUACGAAUUAUCAAUCAAGGAUUUUGUAGAUGUAAGCUGUCGAUCUAAAGUCCUCCUAAAGCUGACGCAAAGGUUCUCUCCUACGGUGGGAAAAUGGCGGUUGGAUGUAUGCAGUCUUACCCUUAUACUAAAGCAUAGAUAGACUAUUUUCGGAUGACCCAUAGUGAAAAUCACGUCAAAAAUUGCAUGAUCUGAUUGUUGUUUCAUUGCAAAGAAGUGCAGACAAUUUAGUGAGCCAUUUUGCCUUAUUCCAUCAUAUUUUCA